AUGAGUGAGGUAAACUGCACCACUAGAGCAGAGUUCAUUCUUCUUGGUUUUUCUGAUGUCCCUGAGCUGGCAUUCUUUCUCUUCCUGGUGUUUGUUCUCAUUUAUGGAGUGACAGUCAUAGCAAACCUGGGCAUGACUGCACUGAUUCAGGUCAGCUUUCAACUUCACACUCCUAUGUACUUUUUCCUCAGUCACCUGUCCUUUGUGGAUUUCUGCUACUCCUCCACCAUUGUGCCAAAGGUGUUCACUAACAUCAUUAAUGAGGAAAAAGUUAUUUCUUACAUGGGCUGCAUGGUACAAUUUUAUCUAUUUUGUGCUUUUGCAGUCACUGAGGUAUUUUUGCUAGCUGUGAUGGCCUAUGACCGCUUCGUGGCCAUUUGUAACCCACUACUGUACAUGGUCAUCAUGUCCCCAAAGCUUCGUACAGUACUAGUGUCUGGCUGUUACCUCUAUGGAUCACUUUGUUCCAUGAUUCACCUUUGCUUAGCCCUUGACAUCCCAUCAUUCAAGUCAAAUGUGAUUAACCACUUCUUUUGUGAUCUGCCUCCUCUCUUAAGUCUUGCUUGCUCUGAUGUUACUGAGAAUGAGUUAUUUCUGUUCAUCAUUGUCAAUUUCAAUGAGAUCCUCACCAUUGUGAUCAUCUUUGUCUCCUAUUUGUUUAUUCUUAUCACCAUCCUGAAGAUGAAUUCAGCAGAGGGGAGACGCAAAGCCUUUUCCACCUGUGCCUCUCAUCUCACAGUCAUCAUUGUCUUCCAUGGAACAAUCCUUUUUAUUUAUUGUCAGCCCAAUUCUGGAAAUAGUCUAGAUGUUGAUAAAGUAACUACAGUAUUCUAUACUGUGGUCAUUCCCAUGCUGAACCCCCUGAUAUAUAGUCUGAGGAAUAAGGAUGUGAAAGAGGCUCUCAAAAAAGUAUUGCACUCUAAAAGGAAUUCUUUCCUAGAAUUUUUUUCUUAA